CGGAAGCGUGCGCCAAUUUGGGCGCCACUGACUCGAGCGUGUAUGUUGUCUCAAUCGGCGUAAACCGCAGGAGCCUUAGCCAUGCCGUCGCAGGGCCGCUGUUGGGAGACCCUGGAGGCGCUGCGCAGUUCCGACAAAGGUCGCCUCUGCUACGACCGCGACUGGCCUCUGCGGGGCGAGGAUAUUUUAGAAGAAAGUAUGCGUCCUCCCAAGCUAUCUCCUUACUGUGGAUGGGUGAUAGAUCAUGUCUUAGCCCAUCAGCAAGAGAGACCACUUCCCUCAAAAACUUCAACAUCCUCUAGAUCUGCUUCAGACCUAGACCAGCCUUCAUUUGUUCCCACAUCUCCUGUCACAAGCCCUGCCUUCUCACCAGCCUCCUCAGCACCAAAUGGAACCAAGAGCAAACGUGAGUCCCAGCACACAGAAUCUAUGGCACUUCCGUCCCCCCGGGGGAUCACAGUGGAAGGCUGCAUCCGGAUGUGUGAGCUGGUGCACAGAAGGAAAGCACUGGAGAGGCUGAGGUGCCGGCAGGAGGAGCAGGAGAAGAUGGUGCGAGCCUUCGCCGACAUGGCUUCUGAACAACUGAAGCGGUAUGAUGAGCGGAGGGAGCUGAAGCACCAUAAAGAACUCCAGGACCUUCGGGAAAUGAUGGAGAAGAGCUCCAGAGAAGCCCUGGGCCACCAAGAGAAGCUAAAAGCUGAGCAUCGUCACAGAGCAAAGAUUCUCAACCUGAAGCUGCGGGAGGCAGAGCAACAGCGCCUGAAGCAAGUGGAACAGGAGCGGCUGCGGAAGGAAGAAGGCCAGACCCGCCUGCGGAGGCUCUACGCCCUGCAGGAGGAGGUGCUGCACCUCAGCCAGCAGCUGGACGCCUCGGAGCGGCGGCACAGAGACCUGAAGGCUGACCUUUCUGCCUUCCGCACCCGAGGCAACCAGCUGUGUGGCCUCAUCUCGGGGAUCAUCCGGGCCACGUGUGAGAACGGCCUUCCCACGGCAGAGGACCAGGCUGCGGCCGAGAGGGCUCUGCAGGAAAUGCGGGACCUCCUUCGGAACUCGGAGCAGGAGAUGACCAGGGCCUGUGAGGACAGGAGGAGGCAGGAGGCGGAGGAGGCCCGGGUAAAGCAGCAGGAGUCCCAGGGGAAGCAGGGCCCUGAGGUCCACACAGAGUCCCCGGCUCCCAGCCAGGGCCCAGGAAGGACACAGAGUGACGAACUCCAGUUCAAGGCACAAGACAGCACAAUGCAGUGGUACCAGCAGCUACAGGAUGUUGCCAGUCAGUGUGCGUUGGCCUUUGAGGGACUGACCAGCAGCAAAGACAGUCAGGUCAGAAAGAUAAAGAUGGACCUCCAGAAGGCUGCCACCAUCCCAGUGAGCCAAAUCUCCACCCUAUCAGGCUCAAAGCUGAAGGAGGUAUUUGACAAGAUCCACAACCUACUCUCUGGAAAAUCUGUUCAGUCUGGUGGGCGUGCUGUGUGUGUCUCACUUCACCCACAGGGCCUGGACUUUGUCCAGUACAAACUGGCAGAGAAAUUUGUGAAACAAGGAGAUGAGGAAGUGGCCUCGCACCGUGAGGCAGCGUUUCCCAUCGCAGUGGUGGUGUCCGGGAUCUGGGAACUCUUCCCCAGAGUGGGGGCCCUCUUUCUGGCUCAUCUGCACAAGAAUUGCCCUUACUCGGUUCCUUUCUACCCAGCCUUCAAGGAGGGCAUGGCUUUGGAAAACUAUCAGAGGAUGCUUGGCUACCGAGUGGAGGAUUCCAAGGUGGAACCGCAGAACAGAUUUCUGAAACGCAUGUCUGGGAUGAUCCGUCUGUAUGCUGCCGUCAUCCAGCUCCGGGGGCCAUAUGAGAGCCAACAGGAGGCUCAUCCUCAUGGCUUAAAUCAUGGCUGGCAUUGGUUGGCACAGAUCUUAAACAUGGAGCCACUGUCGGAUGUGACAGCCACCCUCCUCCUUGACUUUCUGGAGGUAUGUGGGAAUGCCCUCGUGAAGCAAUACCAGGUGCAGUUCUGGAAAAUGAUGCUUCUCAUCAAGGAAGACUACUUACCCCGGAUUGAAGGCAUCACAAGCUCAGAUCAGAUGGGUUCCUUCACACGCCUCAAACGGUUCGUGGAGGAAUGCUGGCAGCGCAAGGAGAUUCCUGUGCCCAAGGGCUUUCUGCCUCCCUCCUUCUGGCGUUCCUGAUGUCUGCCAUCGUCCAUCACCCCCAUUUUGUUGUGGAAGAACAGUAAUAAAGCAGUUCAAGACAACUGUAUUUGGAAGAAGGCAUGUCAGAUGCAGAAAUCUACCAAUACCCGUUUUUAUAUAUUUGUGUCUUGUGACCAGGAAUGAAGAUUUUCAUGGGUCACAAAACCUAGGUGGCCCCUUAGUAGAUCUGAUGACUCCCUAAGGGGUCCAUGUGCUGAGCGAUGGACUCAAAAGGUCCACUUUUACAGUGACUGCAAUGGGGUAUGUGGGGGGGACUUGUUAAUAGGGGGAGUCUAGAACCAUAAUCAAAUAAUUGUAUAUUAACAGUACCAAAAUUAAAAAAUAACAAAAAAAUAAAAAUAAUUUAAAAACACGGUCCACUUUAAUUGUCUCGGUUAGUAGCUAAGGCCCAGUCCUUACCUGCAAGUCAAGGUUAUGGUGGCUUUUGCUUUCCUCAGCUUGUGACAUAAUUGUAAAUUCAGAGGAAAUGCCCGAUGUUGACAAGGAUGAGUCCCAGACAGCACCGGAGGCAGUUUAGUGUCUGGGAUCAGGGCUGUUAGCACAUGUAUUUUGAACCAAAAAACACUGUUUGUUCUUUAAAUUUGGAAUCUGGUCUGUGGACCACUAGGGAUGCAAAAACCAGGCAGGUGCCUUUGUGUUUUUCAGUUUGGGUUCGAUUGGGCUGAGAUGGGGCCUGGUACGCUGUGCAUGGGCUGAGCAUCUGUAAGCAGUGGACACAGGGUUAAACAUGUUAGGGAAGAACUGAGAACUGCUUUCUCAUUUUUUAAACGUUCUGCAUAAUGAAUGAUGAUAGGGCUUGGUUCUUCAGACAAGAAUGGGAUUUGUUCUGUGGAAGGACUCAUUCUCCUUCACACUGCAGAGGCAGCAGCCAUGAAUCUGUUCCAUGGGCUAAAUGUCGUGGGAGGGAUGUGUUUUAGGGGUAUUCCCUGCUAUUCCUGAGUGACUUGAAGAGGUUUAUUCCAUGAAUUAUUGACUAUGGUGCCAAAAAAUGAGUAAUAAAGCUUGAUUUUUAAAAAGCCAUUGCUCAAAAAUGAACAAGUGGGACUAUUCAAGCUGAAAAGCUUCUGUACAGCAAAGGACACCAUCAGUAGAACAAAAAGGU